AAAGAAAACACUGCCAAACCAAAUAACGUAUCUAGCGGUUGGGUUUUCUAGCUGAAACAUCACACCAUUGUAUGGGGUAUAAGGUUUUUCCUUUUCUUUUCGCAUCAAGAUCCAUCAUGACACUAACUCCCGAUGGAUGUAGCACGGAUUAACAUAAAAGAAGACUAGCUCUUUGAUCGCUUCGUAGGGGGGAAGAUGUCCAAUAUACUUGAUGCAGCGUCCAGAGUGAAAUGGGACCGGAAGACUGCAGCGAAGCGAGCUAUCUUUCUCGCGGCCGCUGCCUACGGGGUGAAAACCCUGUACCCCAUCGUCUGCAGACAAUUCGUGAAACGGAAAGAAUGCAAGAAUAACAGGGGGUCUAAAGGAGAGGAAAAUGGCUCGACGGUUGGCGUUAAAUCACAAACAGAUGCACUGAGUCAUAAAAAGUCGCCUGGGGUAAACGCAGAAUUUUUUAAGCAGAUACUUGAACUGAUCAAAAUCCUAUUUCCAAAGCUUGUCUCCAAAGAGCUCGGAUUGCUAUCUCUGCAUUCGGUCGCGUUGAUUUCCCGGACAUUUCUGUCUAUCUAUGUCGCUGGCUUGGAUGGCAAGAUUGUGAAAACAAUCGUUGAGAAAGAACCACGCAGCUUCAUCAUCCAACUGAUGAAAUGGCUCCUUAUUGCCAUCCCGGCCACAUUCGUGAACAGCGUCAUCCGCUACCUCGAGUGCAAGCUGGCCCUCGCCUUCCGCACUCGGCUAGUGGACCAUGCCUACACCACCUAUUUCACAGACCAGACCUACUACAAAGUCAGCAACAUGGACGGGAGACUGACCAACCCGGACCAGUCUCUUACCGAGGACGUAAUGAUGUUUUCCCAAUCCGUGGCGCAUCUCUACUCGAACCUCACCAAGCCCAUCUUGGAUGUGAUACUCACCUCCUACACCCUCAUCCAGACGGCCCGGUCCAGGGGGGCCAACGCCAGCGGGCCGACCCUGCUGGCCGGGCUGGUGGUGUUUUGCACGGCCAAGGUUCUGCGGGCCUGCUCGCCGAAAUUCGGAAAACUAGUAGCUGAGGAGGCCCACAGGAAAGGCCAUUUGCGCUAUGUGCAUUCCAGGAUAAUUGCCAAUGCAGAAGAGAUAGCCUUCUACAGGGGUCACAAGGUGGAGAUGCGUCAGCUGCAGAAGUGCUACCGGGCCCUGGCAGAGCAGAUGAACUUGAUCCUGUCCAAGCGUCUGUGGUACAUCAUGAUAGAGCAGUUCCUCAUGAAGUACGUGUGGAGUAGCUGUGGACUGGUCAUGGUGGCUGUGCCCAUCAUCACCGCUACCGGCUUCGCUGACAGCGAGACUGCCGACGGUCAGACUCAGGUGCUGGUGAGCGAGAGGACAGAGGCUUUCACUACCGCACGCAAUCUCCUGGCCUCUGGAGCUGACGCCAUCGAGAGGAUCAUGUCCUCCUACAAAGAGGUCACAGAGCUGGCGGGCUACACGACGCGUGUCUACAACAUGUUCCUGGUGUUUGGCGAGGUGCAGAGGGGCGUGUACAAGCGCUCAUCCACAUCGACCACGGGAACAGGAGAGAAGAAGAACGUGGCCAGACCAGAGAUGCACAUCGACGGGCCUUUGGAAAUCAAAGGAAGAGUCAUCGAUGUGGAUAAUGGCAUCGUGUGUGAGAGUGUCCCUAUCAUCACUCCCAAUGGAGACAUAGUGGUCUCCAGCCUCAACUUCAAGGUGGAGGAAGGUAUGCACCUGUUGAUCACAGGUCCUAACGGCUGUGGGAAGAGUUCUCUGUUCAGGAUCCUCAGUGGGCUGUGGCCUGUGUAUGGGGGGCUGCUGCACAAACCCUCCCCACAACACAUGUUCUACAUACCACAAAGGCCGUACAUGUCCAUUGGGACCCUGAGAGACCAGGUGAUCUACCCAGACUCUUUAAAAGAUAUGCAUGACAGAGGCUACAGAGACAAGGACCUGGAGGUCAUACUAGACAUCGUUAACCUCAACCAGAUAGUGACUCGCGAGGGCGGUUGGGAUGCAGAGAUGGACUGGAAGGACGUGUUGUCUGGGGGAGAGAAACAGAGAAUGGGUAUGGCUCGCAUGUUCUACAACAGGCCAAAGUAUGCCCUGUUGGAUGAGUGCACCAGUGCUGUCAGCAUUGACGUGGAGGGAAAAAUAUUCCAGGCUGCAAAGGAUGCUGGGAUAUCCUUACUGUCAAUCACCCACAGGCCCUCCCUCUGGAAGUACCACACCCACCUGUUACAGUUUGAUGGUGAGGGAGGAUGGAGGUUCGAGCAGCUGGACACCGCUACGCGUCUCUCCCUGACCGAGGAGAAACAGCGCCUCGAGUCCUCACUUGCAGGAAUACCCAAGAUGCAACACAGACUCAACGAACUCUGCAAGAUCCUGGGAGAGGACUCAGUCCUCAAAACAGCCGACGCAGCAGAGGAGUGAAAGAAGAAGAAUGAAAGAAAAAACGAGAUGGAUGUUUCUAAAAGUCAAAGUAAUUUUUUUUUCUGUUUCAACGCACACCAACCGCAUAUUCCCAUACGUUUCCAGUGUUGGGGUUGAGUUUUAAGAAUUAAUCAACAAUGUUGUUUUAUAGAUGUUUUCAUCGCUGGAAAUGGUUGAGAGACUUAAAAUCUCUGACAAGCUGAGACUAACAUUUUAUUUGGUUGAACAAUGAAGUAAAAUAAUUUUUCAUUUCUAGCACUUUACUCAAUUUGAGGAAAUGUAAAUUUUUUAUGCUGCUGAAGAAGUAGGCUAAUGCUUUUUUUUUUUGAGACAGUAUUUUCCUUCUUUUAUUGUGUAGAUUUGUUUGUGUUAUUAAAAAAACUAAUAUGGACCUGAAAAGGCGCAACGCUCGCCAUUAAAAAUUCGUAGUUUUAUUAGAAAAGUUUAAAAAAGAUUGACGUUUUGGCCUUUAAUAGCUUUCUACGUCAAUCUUUUAAACGUUGCGUCUUUUCCUGCCCAAUGAUGUCUACACAUUUUUAGGUUUCACCUCUACUCCCUUUGGUUGAGCACCCUCUACUUCUUUCUGUAAAAGAAAAACUACUAGAAAGGUCAUUGGAUGAAAUGAAACAAUGAUCAUCAAGUUUUUACAAUCAUAUCAAGUUAUUCAUUAAGGUUAGGCUAAUAAGCAUACAGUUUUAAAGGUAGCCCAACUGCUCAAAUUUAAAGUACCACAGCUGCGAUAAAUGAGUGUCCCUUUCUGUUAUCUCAGCCACUGGCGCUGGGUUAUAUCAUAAGGACAUCUUCCUUAUAACAUUACUGAAUGUGUUGUUCACAGGUUAUCUCCUCAGAACUGCGGUAUAGUAAUAUAUUCAAAAUACCUCAGUAGCUUUCAAGUUAUCUGGCUCUGCAUUUUAAAUAACACCCUUCCCUAGACCUAUAUAGUGCACUACUUUGACCGCAGCCCUGAUUUGUCUUUGUUAGUGGCUAAGAGAUGGUUUUCUUAGGAGCUAUUAUUGGACAUUGGUGCAUUAGUGACAGAGCUGUUGGUCUGUUGCUAUAGACUUCUGGUUUACUGAACAAAUACAAUGGAUUUCAAGGCAUUUUGUCUUGUCUCCAGCAGAGCACAGCAGGAAUCGGACUGGGCUCGCUCACACAAACGCACGCAAACGCGCGCACACACACACACACACACCACCUGGCAAAGCUCUACUCACUAUCACUAGGGUAAUAUCUGUGUAACAGGGUGUUUUGUGUUGUCUCAGUCUACAAUCUUCACCCCUAUAAAAAAUAUGUCACAUCUUCGGCAAGAGGUUUACAUUGUGUUUUACAAUAACCACUGUUGUUUUCCGUUGUAGUUCAGUAUGGUUUACUUGGUUGCUGAGUUUAAUUAACUGUUGUUAUAUCCACCCACACUAAAAUCAAUCUAGUUCAACAAUUCAUAUUUGUUACCAGCGACCUAUCUCAGACUGUAUACUGUGAACUUUGUUGUUUCUUUUUUUGAUAAUGUCAUAAAAUGUAUUUUUAAUGUAGUAAUUUUAGAGUUUGAUUAUGCUGCCUCUGUUCACACCUGUGUAUGUACAGUAAAUAUUCUGCUGAACAAAGCUGUCAUCUCAGCUCUGCUGAGGUUACUGUAGGUCAAAUCCAAGACCAGUCCUUCUAGUACUGUAGCCUUAUAGCCUGGCUGUGUUAGUGUAUCCCCUAUACCAAGGUUCUCCAACUGGCGUUCCGCGGGCAGGUGAUUUUUUUUUUUGGGGGGGACAAGUGAUUUUAAUUUUGGAAAUUUGUUACAAAGUAUUCCCACGCAUAAUAGAGGGAUAUAUUUGAUCCUAUACAGAAAUGAGUAUGUUUUAGUCAAAUAUUAUAUCUGUUUGGGCUUCUUGCGGUCCAUUUGCAGUCUACAAAUGAUUUGUAAUUAUGUUCCGGCCCCCUGACCAUCCACUCAAGAAAAAAUAAGCCUGCGGCUGAAUCUAGUUGAUUAUCCCUGCCCUAUACGGUAUAUUCAAUCAGUGAUAUCUAUAAACAUUGGGUAUACUGAUUGGGUGGCACAUACAGUGGCUUGUGAAAGUAUUCACCCCCCUUGGCAUUUUUCCUAUUUUGUUGCCUUACAACCU